CUCGUAGCGAUGUUUCAGUGGCCAUGGGCUGCCUAGUGCGUUGCUGUAGCGGUGGUCGUUUGUGUGUUGGAUUACGUGCGUUAAGUUAUAAUGGUCACUUAUUAUUUACCAUGACUUGCGUCUAACAAUGAAGGACAUUUCGCACGGUACCGGUGUGCUUACCUUUGUAACCAUAGAGCAAAGACAUAAGCACAUACCAGUGUGCGUGAGGCGUUAUAUGGUGAUGUAAAAGUCCACAGCUGCAACUAUUUGCUUAAUGGUGCGAUCAAUGAUUUUUUUAAAAUAAAAAUCCUGUCGCUUAAUUGAAAGUACGCCUAUCUGAUCUGCUGUUUAUCCCUGUGCUCAUUUCAAUCGUGCGUGAACGAACUCUUAAAAACUGCAAGAUCGGCUGAGCACAUUGAUAUUAGAUCUGCUUCAGUGGAAAACUUAUGUAUUUGAUCACACCUACAUGAAACAAUCCAGCAACAGGUGCUCAGCUACGAUCAACAAUGUGUCACGUCAUUCUUCAAAGGUAGGUCCGAUAAACGCUCGACCAGUUUUACAACACGCGACGUCCUUGCACUUUGGCCGCUGUGAAUCUUCAGGAUUCGUGCUCAGUGAUUUAUAUCCUCUCGGAAUAGCUGCCAGUGCGUAAAAUGAUUCUGCAAAAUGGGCUGCGGCAGCUCCAACACGUCUACCGGACCAGUCGGCGAGUUGGAGAAACCGCCCCGUCCCAGUGCAUUCCAGGACGUCAGUGGUGACGACAGGCAACGGGAGAAUCAUGGAGGCAAAACCAGUGGAGACGUCGAGGAUGGAGGCACGGGUCGCACCGACCAGAGUGCCACCCGUCCUGCGCCGUUGCUGCAAACAGGGAUCAGCCUCAGCGAGAACGGUAAGGUCGGAGUCUCUAACCCCCUCGAGAGCCGGACGGUUGGUGAGAGGGAGCAAAAAUCAGGCCUUGGCCGUCACCCGGCAGUGGGUAUUAACACGACGGACUCAGCCUCUUUGAAAAAGCGAGAUGCAUAUACAGAAAACACAUCACAUCUUCUGCCGACAAACAGAGGCAAGCAGGGUGGCUCAUAUCCGAGACUUAAACCAACAGAAGAAAAAUUAGGCACUGGCUCGGACCAUUCCACUCCCCCUGAAUCUCAGGAAUGCCACGGAACAGAUAGUCCUAGUAUGCCCCCUAAUGAGGACCAAAUACCAAGGCCCGAGGCUGAGGAAACAGAAGGCGGUGGCUAUAUUAACAACUUUAAUGAAAUCAUCGAUGAACCUCUCACGGGAACAGGCAAUGAAUCGGACCCAAAGCAAACAGAGUCUACCUCAUCCAAACCUGCUGCGGUGACAGUCAGUGAAAACUUCACUCAGGUGAAUCUAACCUCAGACGAGAUUGAUUUGCCGGGGCCACAAGAUCCUUGGCAACAGGACAACGAGGUCUUGCUUAACGAUACUGCACCUGUCAUCGAAGAAAACGCUGGCAACCUGAACUCCCUAAUCGCAACGAAGCUGGAUGUCCCUAGGAGUGAACCUCGUCCAAGAGAGAUUGCACCUUCUGACGUUGUUACAGAAUACGACAGCCGGGAUAAUAAUGCGAACCUCACUUCACACAACAAUUCAUCAAACUCGAAACACACACCCAGUGUCGAUCUCAAGACCAUUACAAAAGAAACGCAGGGAGUGAUUCCGGAAGAUGGGGCCGAGCCUCCCUCACUCCCUCCCUUGCAAGAAUCGAUACUGGAUCGUGUGAGGGGCGAGGCCCUGGAGACGCACAAUAUCUACCGGGCGAGGCACGGAGUACCGCCCCUCGUCCUGAACGACCAGAUCAACGCGUACUCCCAAAAGUGGGCCGAAAAGAUGGCGUCCACGCGAAAGUUUGAACAUAGCCCGAGUAAGAGCAGGUCCAACUACGGUGAAAAUAUAUACUACUCUGGCUCAACACAUUUCAGUGUCCACGAGGUCAAAGGCGGUACUUCCAUCACAGCAUUUUACAAUGAAAUCAAAGACUAUGACUACAAGCGGCCCGGAGAACGGAAAAGGAACGGCGGGCAGAUAGGUCACUUCACACAAGUUAUUUGGAAGGAUUCAAAGGAGCUGGGCGUUGGCAUGACAACCACCAAAAAGGGAGAUAUGGGCUACGUGUACGUCUGCUGCAACUACGGUCCUCCAGGCAACGUGAUUGGACGCUUCGAGCAAAACGUCCCACUACCGAUUACAGAUGGCCCAAUCGCACCGAAGAUGACAAGCAGAGACGGCGGCGAGAACGUAGCGGGCCAAAGCAGCAAUCGAUCGGCGGACGGGGCCGGGGCACCACCGCUGCCUUCAGGGAAAGAGACGCCGCUCCAGCGGGUCAGGAGGGAGAUGCUGUGGGCACACAACGUGAGCCGAGGGAAGCACGACUUGGCCCCUCUGACCUUGGAUGCCAAGCUUAACAAGCACGCCCAGCAGUGGGCGACGAAGAUGGCCAACACGAAGAAAUUCGAGCUCAGCCCGAGAGGCGACCGGCCCGGCUACGGGGAGAACAUUUUCAUGGCCGGUUCGUACAAUUUUGACAUCUCGAACGUCAAAGGCGUUGAGGUAGCGGCAUUUUUCUGCGAUGAAACAGCGAAAGACGGAAACAUGGGCCGCUUCACAAACCGGUGGAAUGCAAUCUCGACCUGCACGACUGAGCUUGCUUGGAAAACUUCCCAGCAACUCGGCGUCGGCAUGGCAACCACAAAGAAGGGGAAGAUGGAGUAUGUCUACGUCUGCUGCAGCUACAGUUGAUCAACGGAAACUUGUUUUUACGGAUUUUAAAAUAAUUAUAAGUCUAUUUUGAACUGUUUAUUUCUCAAAUCUCAGGUACAAUGACAACUGAAAAUACAAUACAUGUAGAACUAUGGAAAGGGUCCAAGUCCUCAGUUUGGCCCAAUUGAGUGAACUAUGUGCAGGCGUUGCUUUCAUUUAGGUCCAUCAUGUGUCAAAAUUGGACCAAUAAAGUGGUCAUAUCUGUGUCAAAGUUGGACCCNUUAAAGUGGUCCUAUCCCACUCGGUACGUAUAGGGUGUGGAUAAUACAAGACUGGCUGAAGUCCAGGGCGGUUUUUUCUCCCUCCAAAUCGUUUUUCUCGUGGAUUUGGCCUCUUUUAUGCGGAAGUUCUGUUUUCUUAAAUGCAUGCCCAACUUUCGUAAACGUUACUUUGGGGGAAAAAAAAGUAAAUGUUACUCUGAAAAAAAAAUGGAAAAAAGAGCCAAAAUCAGACUACACUAGUCAGUCAACCCAAAUGCAUUCAUGAUAUCAAUGUCAGGUGUUAUAAUUGCCGUUUUUGUGCAAUAAGAGCAAGUUUUAAAGACUUUAUACCAACUUCAUGCUAAUAUUUUGGGUUUGGGCAGUAAAGCGGAUGGGUGCUUCGAUCCAAAGGGCCCCAAUGCUUGAGGGCAUGCACGUAAAAGUGACGUUCAUUCGAUGGAUAUUUGUGAAAAGUAACAACAAUAAAACAACGUGUUCCUCAAAAUCAAAAAGUCCUGAUCGUCAUAGAUACUUGUUUCCAUUUUGCAAGAUUAAAAAUUAUUUUUGAUUCUCGUGAUCAAGCCAAUAAUCCGGUGAUAAAAAGGACGAAGAGGGUCCGUGGAAGUACAUGUGAUCAGAUUCGGUAAUGGAAACAACUGUUUCAAACCAAGAGGGUGGUUGGAGAA